AACUUGAUUGAAGAAGCCAUAAUCGAGGCAGAUCAAAAGGGCUGUAAAGUCUUGACCUUAGGCCUCUUGAAUCAGAGCGAAGAACUGAACAAACACGGAGCGUUUUAUAUAGAAAGAAACCCGAAACUAAAAGUGAAGGUGGUGGAUGGGAGUAGCUUAGCUGUGGGUGUGGUGCUGAAUAGUAUCCCAAAAUUUGCAACCCAAGUCCUCCUCACAGGGAAAAUUACAAAAUUGGCCCUUGCCCUUUUUCAUUCUCUUUCCAAAAAAGGCAUCCAAAUUGCUGUGUUGAAUGAACAUCACUACAAACAGCUCAACAAAGCUUCUAAAUCCGAGGGCUCUUUGGUCCUUUCAACUGGCUCUUCACAAAAUAUAUGGUUGGUGGGAGAUGGUGUGGCAGAUGAAGAACAGCUAAAAGCUCCAAAAGGAACAACUUUCAUUCCCUUUUCACACUUCCCUCCAAAGAUUAUACGCAAAGAUUGCUGCUACCACUUCACCCCUGCAUUGAAAGCUCCCCCUUCGAUCGAAAACGUGCACUCGUGUGAGAAUUGGCUACCGAGACGAGUGAUGAGUGCAUGGCGCGUUGCCGGGAUGGUGCAUGCUAUGGAAGGGUGGACGGAGCAUGAGUGCGGCAACGCUAUGUUCGACGUCGAGCAGGUUUGGACGGCGAGCCUUCGACAUGGGUUUCAGCCUUUGAAGAUGUCACGUAAUACUACCUAUGGCUCUAUGUAGUUUCAUUUUAUGUACUAUGUCUAUGUUUUUAGUUAAUAGCUAUGUGUUGGUGUUUGUGGGGAAGCUAAUUUAGUCUCUAAUUCAAAGGAGGUCCCGUAGCCCAAAAUUAGGUUAAAAAUUCAAUCACCCGAAAAAAUGCAGUCAAUCCAAAUGGUACGGUACAGUACCGUUUGAGUUUGGUUAUGAACUAAUUUUAGUUGGAUUGAGUUCAAAUAAAUGAAAGAUGCAUGCAUUAAAUUAAA